AUGCAUCUUAAGACCGAUCACGAUGAUUUAAUUACCGCUAUACGGGCAUUUCUACCCGCGAAGAAUUUACUUAUUAUUAUUAAGAGCCUUGUACUGGAUCUUUAUUAUAACGCUCGACCCGAGCUAGCAAAGCGCUACGUUGACACGCAGGAUCUGACUGCUCUCCGAAAGACAUUCAUCUAUGCGGCUACCGAUGAGAAACUUGCGCUUGGGUACCUUCGUAUUGUGCCAUUUAGAAAUAGAGGGUUCCCCCGUGGAGAGAUUUAUGCCCUUGACUAUUUUUCACGGUCAAUACUGGUCACACGAUACAAUUUCAAAGAACCUGGAUCGCUAAAUGUAGAGAGGGUUGGAAAGAGGGCGCGAGAGAUACGACGGAAUCAAUUUGGCUCCGUGAGACUCCCCGAGAGACUUAGACUGCUUCUCCAUGAUAUCUGGCCACAGGUGUCUGAGAGAAGCAACUGGUGGUCCUGGUGGACUAGUUAUCCUCUUGAGGCAGAAUCUACGUAA